UAAUAAUUAAAUAAUUUUACUUCUGCUAAAUUGUUUACUUCUGCUUUAAAUUGUACGCGUAAAACGAAAAAUUGAAAAAUUGAAAAAUGCUGCAAAUGGCUUUGCGUUCGUAUAAUGCUUUGAUUUGCAGUCGCGUCGUCAAUCGGUGAAUUUCACCGCUAUGCCACCGGGAGUUCUAGUCAACGACAGUCGUUCCAAUUCCACAGACGAUAUACAAAUUGCUUUGGCACCACACAUACAAACCUACCUAAGUCAAACGGGCCGUAGACAUUCCUGUUGCAGCGUCAUGUUACCAGUGGCAUUUGAACGUGCAUCAAAAUCGUGGUUGGAUCCAAAAUUUGAUUCGGCAGUGCUGGAGGAACAAUUUCAGACAAAUGUGUUUCCACAUGUGCGCAUGAGAUAUAGGUUCUCACUUUACUACAUAUUGCUUUGUUCCUGCGCUUGGUUCCUUUACUUUCUGAUCGAAGGCGGCUCAGAAGAGUAUUGGCGUCCGAUUUCCAGUUCUUUUUCCAUGUUAGCACUCAUAUCAAUUAUGGCACUGUGCUUUACGCAAUGGAAUAUUUAUCGCUCAUAUCGCAUAGUAACGUCGGCAGUAACAGCUUUCGUGUUAUGUGCCGCUUCUCUAGUGUUUCUGACCUAUACAGGACGCGCAUUUAGCCCAUUGGGACACUUUGCUAUUUGUCUUGAAAUACUUUUACUCAUUUACACGGCACUUCCAAUGCGUUUAUGGCUGUGUUCACUCAUAGCUAUAACAUAUUCAGUGUUAUUCGAGUCAGCUGCUAUUUUGGUAGGCAGCACCGCAUUGCAUGGAAACACAUCGGAGUUUUGCUACAAAAUACUUACACUCCGUAUACUGCUCCAUAUAAGCGUACAUUUAGUAGGUCUGCAUGUUAUGAUUAUGAAUAUUGUACGUAUGCGUGGCACUUUCAUGAAAAUUGGUCAGAAUUUAUUGGUACGUCGACAGCUAGAAAUGGAAAAGCAAUUAAAAGAGAAAAUGAUACACUCAGUUAUGCCACCGAAAGUAGCCGAUAUGCUGUUACAUGAAGGUAAUAGAGAUUCAGCUGAUGGUGCCAUGAAACCGGAAUCACAUUAUAUGCGACCUCGUCCCUCUAAUGAUGUCAAAUCGCUAUUUCGUCCAUUUCACAUGCACAGCAUGGAUAAUGUGAGCAUACUCUUUGCUGAUAUUGUGGGCUUUACUCGCAUGUCCUCAACCAAAACAGCCGAACAAUUAGUGGAAAUACUUAAUGAUCUCUUCGAGAGAUUUGAUGAUCUUUGUACUUUCAACGGCUGUGAAAAAAUAUCAACUUUGGGUGAUUGUUACUAUUGUGUUUCUGGUUGUCCAGAGCCAAGGCCUGAUCAUGCCAUUUGCUGUGUAGAAAUGGGCUUGGGCAUGAUAGACGCUAUGCGAUGUUUCGAUGCGCAACGGCAUGAGGGUGUCAAAAUGCGCGUAGGUGUGCAUACUGGCACUGUUCUUUGUGGAAUUGUAGGUACGAGAAGAGUAAAAUUUGAUGUCUGGAGCAAUGAUGUUUCAUUAGCUAAUAAAAUGGAAUCAACUGGGAAACCAGAACAAGUACAUAUAUCGGAAGAGACAUCAAACUUUUUAGGGGAAGCGUACUAUCUCGAGGAAGGUGAAGAAGUUUUCGGUCAUCGUACUUAUUUUGUAGUUGGUCGUCGAAAAGAUGUGUCAAGACAAAACAGCUUAAGUCCCAGCAUACGCGCAGGAGAUGGUAGUCAUCUUAUGUUACCUGAAGUACCUGGUCAACUAACAUCACUUUCUCAAAGUGCCACAAAUAUUUCUGUAAUACAUCCCAAUGUUCCUCCAGCUUCCCCAGUAGGACAACACUCAUCGUCACUUAAUCCUUCGCCAGUACUUUCCUUACGUCCAAGACUGACUUCAUUAAGCAUGAAAAUGCGCAGAAAAUCACACAGCCGUGAACGCGAUCUGGAACGUGGUGUUACAGAUCAUACGGCAAUCACAGAAAUACCAUCUGUGAUUGUCGUGCGCGAAAGGCCAAAGAUCAUAAUUACAACCAAAAGCUUACCUGGCAGCUUAGACUCAGAAGAACAAGACUUUGUAGUAGACGGCUGCUGCCGUACAAACAAUUCAACGAAUAAGGCUCGAUCCGCAGAAGAAGAACCACGUCCGAAGAUUAAGUUAAAGGUAUGGAAAGUACCGCGUUUUCUUAAGAAAAUCGAAGAUAUUGCCAAAUCAGCUGAAAAGUCUACGAAUACAGAUGGAAAUAUUAACUUAAUACAUGGAAAGCCAGUGAUUAAGACCGAAGAGACUGUUGCAUUUAUUGAACAAAACGGAUACCAGCAAUUACCAGUCGUAAUUGAAACCACAAAAUCAGGAGUUGGACAUAUGCUUGACAUACCACAAAAACCCAGCUUAAACUCCUGUACAAUUUCUCCUAAUUUAGCCAAAUCACCUGAUGGUAGUUGUUGCUCACCUGGUCAAUACUCCAUGUUUGACGACAUCAUAGAUGUUCGUUCAUACAUAAGUCAAUCCCGCAGUGAUAUUUCACCAUUUGGACGCUCUGGUAGUUACCGCUCUCAAUGUGGCCGCAGUGGUAACUCAGAAUCCUCACCUAUACCACGUCCACGAGCUUCAACUUUAGCGACUGGUCGUACAGAUGGCACCACAAUGCAGCCUCUUAUUGCAGCAAAUAAUAUUACAGCAAAUCUACCAACACACUCCCGCAAUUCAAGUAUUUGGCCGGAUGGUUUGAGCAUAUGUCCCUCAGCCACAUCCCGAAAAGAUUCCGGUAUCAAAAGCAACUCACGUCGUUCAUCUAUACAACAACAAAUCUAUGCACUCAACCAGUCCGCCAUUAGUCAACAUCGUGUUUCAGGUUAUUUUACUAGCUCCACCUCAAGUAUUUCAAAUAUUGGAGAUACAAACUUGCCACAUGUGCCACUCCCACCGAUACCACAACCUACCCCGCAAGUAGCAGAUCCUUUAGCAGCUUGUCUUCAACAGCUGCGCAAACAAUCAGAUUUGCAGCUCAUACGCUGUGUGCGAGACAAUGCAAAAUCUCAGCACAGUUACUUAGUCAAUCCACCGCUUAAACGCUUUAGUUUGUAUUUUAGAUCCAAGCAAAUGGAAGAUGACUUCCGUUCUAAAGCACACCGAUUUGGUAGCGAGAAUGAAACAGAGGGACCACCUACAUUAGCUACACCGCGUUACAACACUUACAUUGAUAUAUUCGUAGGUAUUGUUGUUUACCUCUGCAUUUCCGUCUCGCUUUUCAUGCUAACACCCAACACAGUUACGCCCAGUUUUCGUUUAUGGGUCUCGUUGUUCACAGUUUUCACAGCUAUACAAAUUUUUGCGCUCUUUCUGUUUACUCGGCAGAUGUGUCGCCGACAUGGCGGCGGCCAAAGUCGCACUAAAGUGGCCAACUCAGAGACGUGCACAGAUCGAAUAUUCGAAGCCAUUUCAAGCUGGUACCCCUGGCAUAUAUGUUUGGCAGUGUUGAUGGCCAUGCCAGUUAUGCUAAUCAUCGCCAAUUUCUUACUAUUGGAUCUCAAUCAAUUGGAAGCCUUCGAAUAUCAUUAUGGUUUCUUAAUCUUUGUCUGCAUUGUUCACUUCUGCAACUUCACACAACUAAACUGUUGGAUGCGCAACAUAUUAGCACUUCUGGCAGCAAUGAGUUUUGUGGGAAUUGCAGUCUCACAAUUGACAGUCUAUUCUAACCGCAUAGAUACGCAUCAUAAUGAAAACGUGAAUAUAACACAUAUGAUAUCGUUCGCAAUGCAUGGCGUUGACAGGAAUAUGAAAGAGGAAGUUAAAUGGUUUCAGGAUUAUCACGUUGAAAUUUAUCUGGACUUACUACUUAUACUCGUGCUUGUUUGGAUCUUGAAUCGGGAGUUUGAAAUCGGUUACCGUCUGACUUUCUAUGGCAAUGCAGUGGCUAAUCAGGAUAAGGUGCGCGUACAGAAUAUGAAAAACCAAGCCGAUUUACUGCUGCAUAAUAUUAUACCAAAGCAUGUGGCGGAGCACUUAAAGAAUACAGCCAAAUACUCAGAGAAUCAUCAUAAUGUGGGCAUUAUAUUUGCUUCUAUAGUCAACUUCAAUGAAAUGUACGAUGAAAGCUAUUUAGGCGGUAAAGAGUUCCUACGUGUGCUGAACGAACUAAUUGGUGAUUUUGAUGAACUGCUCUCCCGACCAGAAUUUCGUUGUGUGGAGAAGAUUAAGACAAUCGGUUCAACUUUCAUGGCUGCAAGUGGAUUAGAUCCUUCUAAUCGAGGCGAUGGCAAUGAACACUUACAUGCGAUGAUGGAGUUUGCAAUUGGUAUGCAGGGUGUUGUGGAUGCGUUCAAUAAAGAUCUGCUGGAAUUUAAUUUAAUUUUGCGAAUCGGCAUGAAUGUUGGCGAUUUAACAGCUGGUGUGAUAGGCACAAGUAAAUUGCACUACGACAUAUGGGGUGAUGCAGUGAAUGUGGCUUCACGAAUGGAUUCAACGGGUGUACCAAAUCGUAUACAAGUUGGAAAAGAUUGCUUACAGUAUUUAGAACCGAAAUACGAAUUUGAACCCCGAGGCAGUAUUUACGUUAAGGGUAAAGACAAUAUGGAAGUGUUUUUGUUCACGCAACGAAAACCUGAUUUGGUAGGCGAUGAAGAAUAUAUGGCACAAAAUACAGAGAAUAGCAUAAACCAAAGUAAACCAACAACACCAUUAACACCAACCGCUCAAAUGGCCAAUGGUCAAGUAAAUGAGAAGGGCAGCUAAAUUAGUACAAAUGACUUAUUUGAUUAAAUAAUUUGAGUCCUAUUGCUGACUGAGGCAAAGAUGAUUUCAUAUGAUUAGCUCAUCCUUUGAAGCAUUAGUUAUUAAAUAAUUUAUGCAAAAAUUAUGAAUUUGAAAGAUCUUAGCAGGUCUCUAAAGAAUAAUAGAAGAAACCAAAUUUAAUAGACGAAAUACACAACUUCUAUCUGUUUAGAUUAUUAUAGUAAACGUCUCUUUUGAGCAGUGUUUGGUUACAGCUGAUCUAGAAGUAACUUAUGCAGUUAUUAUUAUUUAUUCUAUAGUAUAUUUGGAACAAUUUGU